AUGGUGCAGUGCGAUGACUGCGAUCGGUGGUUCCACCACACGUGCGUCGGCCUGAAGCGCCUGCCGGAACCACACGAACCGUUCCUGUGCGUGAAGUGCACGUUGAUAAAUGAGCAAUUGAGAAAAGCGGUCGAGUCAAAGUUUGCGGCGCGAAGCGACGUUCCGGAUAUCGUUGAGCGACUCAUCGAGGCGCUGAGCGUCCGCGGAGGUGACCAGCAGGCGAAACGGGCAACGCUUAUGAAGCUCCCGGCGUUCGAGGGACGCGCGCGGGACUGGCCGUGCUUCAAGCGGACCUUUGAGGAAACGACGCGCCAGGGACGCUAUUCGCCGCUUGAGAACUUGCAUCGCCUGCAGCAGGCGGUGAAGGGCAGCGCCGAGCGCGUCGUACGCCCGUUGAUGCUGGACGCCGCAAAUGUGCCGGCCAUAAUGGAAAGGUUGGAGGAGUGUUUCGGGCGGGCCGAGCUCGUGUACGCGGAGUUGUUGAAAGAUGUAACGCGAGUGCGUGUGACCGACCAGACGCGGAUUCCGGAGCUGGCGAACGCACUGGAGAAUCUGGUCGUGAACGUAAAGGCGCUGGGUCAGGACGCCUACCUGAACGACCCGCGUUUAGUAGAUGAACUGGUCGGGAAGCUGCCGCUCUCGAACCAGAUUAAGUGGGCGGAGGAGAAGCUUGCGGCCGUACACCCGAAAAGCCUCGACGACCUCAACGAGUGGCUCAAGCCGCUGGCGCGCACCAUGCGCAUGGUGAGGCCGUCGCGCACGGAAACGGUGAACGCACAUGAGGAAGGCAGAUCCGGGCAAGCGACGCGCGCGAAAUCCAUCCCAGCGAGUCCAGCGAGUCCAGCGUGCCCAGCGUGCAAAAGGAAUCACCGGGUGGAAGAAUGCGAGGAGUUCCAGCGGAAGAGCGUCGGCGAUCGCGUCUCGCAUUUCUCGAUUGCGGCUCCUCGCUCACGCUGA